AUGGCGUUGCCUUCAUGCCUAAAGACUGGAGUUCCGAUGUCUCCAACCACCGGAUUUAGUAUUUCCGGUAGUCUCUUGAAGUCGGACAGUGGCUUCGCCGUACCUACGAAGUUACAGAGUAUUCGAAAAGUUGAUCGAGAGAGACUGAGAAUCCAAGCUGUGUUCAGUUUCCCACCGGCGUUUCUGACCAGAAACGGUCGAGCCGAGAAGCAGAAACAGCUGAAGCAAGACCUUCUCGAAGCCAUUGAGCCUCUAGAACGUGGAGCCACUGCUUCGGCUGAUGACCAGCUUCGAAUCGAUCAGUUAGCGCGUAAAGUGGAAGCAGUGAAUCCAACGAAGGAGCCUCUGAAAUCUGAUUUAGUCAAUGGGAAAUGGGAGCUCAUUUAUACAACUUCUGCUUCGAUUUUGCAGGCAAAGAAACCAAAGUUCUUGAGAUCAACAGUUAACUACCAAUCUAUCAAUGUGGAUACACUAAAGGUGCAAAACAUGGAGACUUGGCCUUUCUUCAACUCGGUAACUGGAGAUAUAAAACCCCUCAAUUCAAAGAAGGUUGCUGUGAAACUCCAAGUUUUCAAAAUUCUUGGAUUUAUUCCUGUAAAAGCACCUGAUUCCGCACGUGGUGAACUGGAGAUUACCUACGUGGACGAGGAACUACGGUUAUCAAGGGGGGACAAAGGCAACUUGUUUAUAUUGAAGAUGUUCGAUCCCACUUAUCGAAUCCCUCUCUGA